GGUAGCAUGAUGUGUCAGAUUAUGUCUAGCCGUGUCUAGGCAGGUGAUGCCCUUCAGGUGAGGUGCUCCAUUUUGUCGCAUAUCGGGUUCUGGUCACCUUUCAAGUCCAAAAUUCUACCCGGUCCCCCACACGCACCCUGCAGACCGCAACCGCGCAUGCGCACCCACUGUUUAAAGACCCCCCCAAGUCAUCUGCUACAAAAAAAAAAAACACAAAAAAAAACAUUCCACUGUUAGCCAAUCUGCGACGCAGCUCAAGGACUGUCAAGGGAGGCCAUAACAGCAGCUGGCAAAAAUAUUGACAGUUUAUCAAGCAACGAAACUCGGGAUUUGCUGUUUUUGUGACCAUAGCUGAGUAACACCGGUUAGGAUUGGAAGGUGCAGCCGAGCUAGGGUGUAGUGAAGUCGGGGAGAGAAGGAGGAGGGGAGGGUCCGGACAGAAGAAAAACAAAGAUGUCUGUGUAGUUCAACUAGGCAAAUCCUAGCGACCUGUCUGAACAUCUCUCUGAUUUUUUUCUCCAAAACUGACACGUCCCGGAGGUCCAGUGGAUAGCGAGCUGGCAACAGGAGAGGGGGAGAAGAAAAAACCGUUUACCGACCAGCCGAACCGGGCCGUUAUGAACGGCCGCUCAUGCGCUGUCACGGCAAAUAACUGCGACUUGACAACACAAAAACAUCUCUGACGGGUUGUUUUGUUCUAGCUAGACGAGGGCGAGGACCGGAGUGUUUUUAUGAGCUUGUUAGCUAUAGCAUGUAGCUAGCUGAAUAUAUUCUUUAAAACUGCCAGUCAACAGCGCUACAUUUCUAUACGAAAACGACCAUCAACAAAAAAAAAAAACUAUUUUGGAAAAUUACUAAAACGUCCGUUUGUUAAAUUCAACGCUUAUUGCGCAACAUUGCUUACUAACUAGCUAGCUAACUAGCUAACUCACUAGCUAACGUCCAUUCCGGCUGUCCUGGCUCUCCCUUGCCGAGCCUGGGGGUCGCUAAAUCUGCCAGCCAGCUAACAGGUCGCUCGAUUCCGCCUGACAAACACCACCCACCAUGUCCUCGAUGGAAGAGCGUGGUGAGGUGGGCGUCGCGGCGGCUCCAGGCUCCUCAGGCGGCCUGGGGGUUGGUGCGGUGGGGGCAGCUCUGGAGACUGUGGUCGGUGGGCCGUCAAUGCAAGAGGAGGUGGGCUUCCGAAGAGGAGAGGGACUCGGGCCCGAUUCGGACCCGGACGAGCCGCCGCCCAAGAAGCGGAUGAGAUUGCCGGAGGGAGAGUCGGGAAAGCUGGAAGAGAGGCUGUAUUCAGUGCUGUGCUGCACGGUGUGUUUAGAUCUGCCCAAAGCCUCCGUUUAUCAGUGCACCAACGGUCACCUGAUGUGUGCUGGUUGUUUCAUCCACCUGCUGGCUGACUCUCGUCUGAAAGAGGAGCAGGCCACGUGUCCUAACUGCAGGUGUGAGAUCACCAAGUCUCUGUGUUGUAGGAACCUGGCUGUAGAGAAGGCUGUGAGUGAGCUGCCCACAGACUGUCCCUUCUGUCUCAAACAGUUCCCUCGCUCCAGCCUAGAGAGGCACCAGAAAGAGGAGUGUCAAGACAGGGUGACGCAGUGUAAGUAUAAGCGGAUUGGCUGCCCAUGGAAGGGACCGUUCCACGAGCUACCGGCCCACGAGGAGGAGUGCUGCCAUCCCACCAAGACUGGCACAGAGCUGAUGGGCAUCCUGGGGGAGAUGGACCAGAGCCACAGCAGAGAACUAACCCUUUACAACUCUAUAUUCUCCCUGCUCUGUUACGAGAAGAUAGGCUUCACAGGUAGGCUAGAGGUCCAGUUCAGGCCGUACCGGACAGAUGACUUCAUCACCCGUCUGUACUAUGAGAGUCCUCGUUUCACCGUGUUGAACCAGACCUGGGUACUGAAGGCCAGGGUCAACGACUCUGAACGCAACCCUAACCUCUCCUGCAAACGCACCCUCUCCUUCCAACUCAUCCUCAAGAGCAAGGUACACACACACACACGCUCGCUCUCGACUCGCUCUCUCUCUCUAACGUUCACCCUCUUCCUUCUAGGUGAACUCGGCUAUAGAGUGUUCCUUUCUGCUGUUGAAAGGUCCGUACGACGACGUGAGGAUCAAGCCUGUGAUCCACCAUCACUCGUUCAGCAACGACACCAACGAGACAGACUACGUUCCCCUGCCCAUCACCGACUCUGUGGAGUGUAACAAACUACUGGCCGCCAAGAACAUCAACCUACGACUCUUCAUCUUCCAGAUCCAGAAAUAGACAGACGAGGAGGAGGAGGAGGAGGAGGACCGAGAGAGACGUGUAGAGGACGUGAGGGAGAGAGAAGUUUGAGUUUAAAGUGAGACACCACUGAUACCUCUUUACACACACACACACACACACACACACACACACAGCCCACUAGACCACAUAUUGAGAGAGUUAGGGAACCCCACCAUUUCAGGUGCUGCUUUUAGUGUUGCUUUGGAGACCGGAUGGUGUUGCUAGGGGAAUUCAUCUGUAUGGACUGAGGAGUUGUUACUAUGGGGGUGUUAGGGGAGAGGGGUUGUCGCUAUGGAGACAGGAUGGUGUACCCGUGGAGUUGAGUCGGUCUGACCUUUCACCCUUUGACCCCAGAGCCAAAGGUAGCUCAUACCCACCAAAGCAGGAUGAACCAUACGAGAGUGUGUGUGUGUGUGUGUGUGUGGUAUGAUACUCUGAGUAAAUGUGUGUGCGUAUGUGUUCCAAAGAUGUGAAUGUGAGCUUUUGAACUCUGUUGACCACUCAGCUAGUCUGUCCUAUAGAAUGGAAGGGUGGGUUACUUGUAUACAUACACUCUGACCUGCUCCUAGUCUGUUUGAUUAGGACAGCCGUCCAUUUUGUUCGGAGACCAACCCAGAGCAGAGCCAAGAUGGCAGUGUUUUGCAUGCUCCUUUUAGUUAGUCCUUCAAAAAUGAGUUGUGAUUUAUAUAUUUAACCUCAAAAGUUAAAUUAUACCUCCUUUUUUUUACAUUUAUUUUUAAUCCUGAAUAUUUAAAUUCCUUUGAACUUAGCCUUUUUUUUAGUUUGGUAUUAGUGUGGCUGUGCGCUCGCGUGUGUGUGCGUGGCGUUGCUCGAGUGUGUGUGUGCACGGCGUUGCUGGCGUGCGUUUGUGUUGAGACAGAUGCAUUUAGGGCCCUAGUGAUCACAUCCCUAUAAACAGAUACUUGCAUGGCCACACACACACACACACACACACACACACACACACACAUACAAUUGACAGACCUCUUAGGCCUGCUCAGAAACCAACAUCUGUGUGUGUGUGUGUGGACUCCUCUGUCUGCUCUGGUUGGGCCGUACUAGAACCGGAGAACCCAGAACCCUGAAACAGACCUGAAGGGAACCCCAGCUAGUGUGACAGACUGGGUUUGAAUCCGGUUUGUCUGCGUGCCACAAGACCGUGUUAGUCCUCUAAGCUAAAGCCUAGGGCAUUAUCUUGGGGAGGUUCCCCUGUAGUAGGGUGGUUCCCCUGUAGUAGGGUGGUUCCCCUCCGGAAGAUGGCAAAGAGAACCUGAACGGUCCACCGGGUCAAUCCUGUUUCACAGGACUACGGGCUCGAUUCCAUCCGCUUUAGCCAACAUCUGCAGAGUGGUUGUUUUGGCGGUCAAAUUCACAAGUAAAGCCGGACAUUCCCAUUGGCUGCACGGAGUCACAUUAACAGAAAUCCCAUGCAGCCUUGUUUACAAGUUCAACACUGGAAUGUGAGAUGUAGUCUACACUUUGAUUUAGGGAUGAAUGAAAUCUUCAUUUAGUUGAAUUAUUUUUUUUUUUUCAAUUUGAGCAUAAAUAUUUCCAUAUAACCUAAACGCUCUCGUUGUGAACUUCUGCAGCGAAAGAGUUUCCUGACAAAUGUUUUUUUUUUUUUUUUUUUGAUGCCUCAAACUUAAGUCCCACCGCCAAAACAUCCGCUAUGCUGGUGUCUACUGUCACCGGUUAACUCAUGAUCUGAUUGUCUAGACCGAGCUCAUGACUCUGGUUUUAAAUGGGGAGAAUCCUGGAUGGGACCUUUUGACUUUGGGAACUGGACAUUUGUGUGUGUGUGUGUGGGGGGGGGUCUGGUGCGUUACUAUGGUGACGUGUUUAGAGUGUUAGAGUUACUUGAAUGAUGCUGAGAUGACGAUGUUACUAAAAAGUAGAAUCUACUGUGAUGGCUCUGUCUCUCCUCCUGACCUAUUUAGGUUGAGUAUUUCUAUAGAUCUGACUCCUCCGGGCCUAUCUAGGUCUUGUAUUUCUGUGUUUUAAUGCUUUUUCGUCUCUAUGCCAAUAGACUCACUGACUCAUCUCACUAUGGCUGUACAUGUGCCUUUUAUUAAAGAUCAUGGAAACUGAAA